AAUUUCACAAAUACAGACUAUAUAUUGGUCUGUAUUAAUUUGAUCCUAGCAUAUCUUGAGUUUUUAAUAUCCAUGCAUUUUCAAGCAUAUUUCGAGCUUUUAGAUAUUUGAACCUUGAUUAGAUGCCAAAGACAAACUGUCAUUGAUCUGGGUCAUCGAUAUUUAUUCAAUUCAUAGAUAGAAUUUCAGAAAAUUGUGUUACUGCCCAGCAAGAGCACACGAAGCCUAGUUCCAAUUUCCAAGAAAGCGUAAAGAAGGGUGUGAAACCAAAAAGCUAAAAACAUGGUGUCAGUUUCUCUAAGGGUAUAGAAACAGCGUCAGUUUCUAUACCUGAAGCAUCACUGAUCUGUCAUGAAGCUUUUAAUUUCACUCAACCAUUCACUCGGAACGCGUGGGCUCCCUUUAUUAAGAUACUUCGUGAUUCCAAUGAAAUACGAAGCUGAAGAGUUCCUCCCCAUAGGCAUUGGAUUAGUCAUUGGAUGCCCAAUAUAAUCACAGAAAGAAAAUCGAUCGAAUGCUAUAAUAUAGAUCAUAGAACCUAACAAAUGCUUUACACUAGCAAUACAUUUACUAAUCUUGCCUUGAAAGAGACGCGGAAUUCUAAACUUAACUUGGAGAAAGGAGAAUCAGUUAUAGAAAGAUUUGGGCCUUCUUUUCUUAUUCCUAAUUCGUUAUAAGCACGUCACCACUUAAAACAGAAAGAAAGAAAUUAUCAAGAUGGUAUAAAUUUCCUAUUUUUACGUAUACCUACUCCUAAAUAAAUCUCCAGACUUCCUUAAUCGAUUGAAGUUUGGAGAUAAAAGGAAACCACGGUGAUCUUUCGUAUCACUCUUCAGGAAGUUGCCGCGACUCGGGAGAACGUGCCAUCCCCAUGAGCAAACUGCGGGAAUCCUCUCAGAGACUUCCUAUAUUAACCCUUAGGAGUUAGGACCCUCUAUUCCGUAUUAACCCUUUCCAUCGCUUUCACCAACAGUGCGUUCAUGGCUACCCCAAGUGAUCCCAGUUGCAGUCAAGAUAAUGUCCAUGUUGGUUCCUUCUUCCUAACCAUGCCUACCAACCCCACAAAAUCUCAACAGAGAUGGCGUUUGGCUUUCAAGGCCAUCUAUAUUUCUAGAGUUUUUUUCUCCCUUGUUAAUGAUGUCUUGGCCAAGAAGAAAGACCAGUUCCUUAAUGGAAUCCUGCGUUCCCCAUCCUAUAUUGCACUUGAUAUUCAUCCCAAGGAUGAUGGUGACAAUGCCCCUUUUUCUAAUUUCGAUCACAAAAGCUUCAUUGAUAUGGUAAAGGAAAAGAACUUGGAAAGUCUCCGCGUGUUUGGGGGUGUUGAAGGAGUUGUUGCGGCCUUCAAAACUGAUGCCAAGAAUGGGAUCCGUGGCCAUGCUGACGAUCUCAACCUCCGACGCCAUGUGUUCGGUUCCAAUACAUAUAAGAACCCCCCUGCAAUAGGGUUCUUUCACUUUGUGCUAGAAGGAUUCAAAGAUACCACCAUUCUCAUACUUUGUGCCUGUGCAACCCUCUCACUUGUGUUUGGUAUCCAACAGCAUGGGCUCAAAGAAGGGUGGUAUGAUGGUGGGAGCAUAUUGCUUGCCGUCUUUCUUGUUAUAGUUGUCUCUGCAGUGAGUAACUUCAAGCAAUCAAGGCAGUUUGAGAAACUUUCAGACGAGAGCAGCAACAUCAAUGUGGACGUCAUCAGAGAUGGGAGGAGGCAACAGAUCUCUAUCUUUGAUAUUGUGGUGGGAGAUGUUGUUUGUCUGAAGAUUGGAGACCAGAUUCCAGCAGAUGGAUUAUUCUUAAACGGCCACUCCUUACAAGUGGACGAGUCUAGCAUGACCGGGGAAAGCGACCAUGUGGAUGUUGAUGCUAGUCAAAAUCCAUUCUUAUUCUCUGGAGCAAAAGUAACAGAUGGUUUUGCUCACAUGCUCGUAACCUCUGUGGGCAUGAACACUACAUGGGGUGAGAUGAUGAGUUCCAUAACCCAGGACUCAGAUGAAGAGACCCCUUUACAAGUUCGUCUCAACAUGCUAACUUCUUACAUAGGGAAGGUUGGUCUGGCCAUCGCACUCCUAGUUCUUGUGGUGAUGCUGAUUCGUUACUUCACUGGACACAUAGAAGAGGAGGAUGGAAUCAGUAAAUACAAAGGCCACAACACCAAAUUCAAUGAUCUGAUGAAUGCAUUGGUCAGUAUUAUCUCUGCUGCAGUCACGAUUGUGGUUGUGGCAAUACCAGAAGGUUUACCACUUGCUGUCACACUCAGCCUAGCAUAUUCUAUGAAAAAAAUGAUGGCUGACAAUGCAAUGGUUCGGAAGCUAGCUGCCUGUGAGACUAUGGGUUCCGCAACAACCAUCUGCACAGACAAAACUGGCACCCUCACCUUGAACCAAAUGAAGGUCAAUGAGUUUUGGGUUGGUGAAGGAGCAAAGGACAAUCAUGCCUCUUUUGUUAUAGCCCCAAACCUUGUUGAUUUGCUGGGACAAGGAGUUAGUCUAAACACAACUGGUAGUGUUUAUAGACCUGCUCCAGGAAUGGAACCUGAGGUUUCCGGCAGUCCCACUGAAAAGGCUAUUCUCUCUUGGGCUGUUUCAGAGUUGGGUAUGGAUAUGGAUGAAGUGAAGCAGUGUUGCACAGUCCUUCAUGUAGAAGCCUUUAAUUCAGAGAAGAAAAGAAGUGGAGUUUUAAUAAAGACAAUGACCAAGAGGACAAUUGACACACAUUGGAAGGGAGCAGCUGAGAUGAUACUGGCAAUGUGUUCAAAUUAUUAUGAAAGAAAUGGGACCAUAAAAACCAUGGAUGAAAGCAAAAGGAUUAAAUUCAAGCAAAUUAUUGAAGGUAUGGCAGCUAAAACUCUCCGAUGCAUUGCUUUUGCCCAUAAAUCAAUGCCAGAAGUAGAAAUUGAAGGUGGAUUGGGUUAUCACAGACUCCAAGAAGACAGCCUCACUUUGUUGGGCCUAGUGGGCUUAAAGGACCCUUGUCGACCAGAGGUGAAAACAGCUGUAAAAGCUUGCAGAGAUGCUGGAGUGAACAUCAAGAUGGUCACUGGAGACAAUAUUUUCACUGCAAGAGCUAUUGCCAUCGAAUGUGGGAUACUUGAACCUGAUGAAGAAGUGAACAAUGAAGCAGUUGUAGAAGGUGUAGAGUUCCGGAGUUACUCAGCAGAAGAAAGGAUGGAGAAGAUUGACAAAAUCAAGGUGAUGGCAAGGUCCUCCCCCUUAGACAAGCUUCUAAUGGUGCAGAGCUUAAAGCAAAAAGGUCAUGUUGUUGCAGUGACUGGUGAUGGAACAAAUGAUGCACCAGCUCUCAGAGAAGCAGACAUUGGGCUCUCUAUGGGGAUUCAAGGAACUGAAGUGGCAAAAGAGAGUUCAGACAUUGUCAUCUUAGAUGAUAACUUUGCUUCUGUAGCCACAGUCUUGAGGUGGGGAAGGUGUGUUUACAACAACAUUCAAAAGUUCAUCCAGUUCCAGCUCACUGUAAAUAUCGCUGCCCUUGUGAUUAAUUUCAUGGCAGCAAUUUCUUCUGGUGAAGUCCCAUUAACAGCAGUCCAAAUGUUGUGGGUGAACCUGAUCAUGGACACUUUGGGAGCAUUGGCACUAGCCACCGAACAACCCACCAAAGAGCUCAUGGAAAAGCCACCAGUGGGUCGAACAGAGCCGCUUAUUACCAAUAUCAUGUGGAGGAACCUCACUACUCAAGCUCUAUAUCAGGUGAUCAUCUUACUGACCCUAGAAUUCAAGGGAAAGUCUAUCUUUAACAUAAAUGAGAAAAUCAAGGACACCCUAAUCUUUAAUACCUUUGUAUUCUGCCAAGUUUUUAAUGAAUUCAAUGCAAGGAGACUGGAGAAGAAGAAUAUAUUUGAGGAAAUACAUAGAAGCCGGUUGUUUCUAGGGAUUGUUGGGAUGACAGUGAUUCUUCAAGUGCUGAUGGUUGAGUUCCUGAAGAGGUUUGCCAACACUGAGCAGCUAAAUGUAGGGCAGUGGCUUGUUUGUAUUGGGAUUGCAGCUUUAUCUUGGCCAAUCGCAUUCCUUGUCAAGUUCAUACCAGUUUCUGAUAAACCACUUCUCAGCCUUCUUAGAUGGUAAUGCUUGGCCAUCUUGAAAUAAGGACCACAAUCAACUUCUAAGUCUUCUUAGAAAUUUAUUGCCUCAGAUUUCAUUCAUGUCUAUAUUACUUUUUGCAAAGUCCCUGUUUUGUUUUAUAUAACUCUUGGGUUUUCCUUCACUCAGUUAUGUUCAUGUAGGUAUUACUGAUAUAAUAAACUACCAUUCAGAUUUGAUUUACCCAUGUUUUCUUUGUUUAAUGGUUUUUCUUGUGUCCCCCCCCCUUCCUUCCAAGUGUAAAUAUGGUGUAACUGGUGCACACGUAAUUUUGUAAUGUUGCAACCAACACCAUUAAGAAAUCUCAUCCAGUAUCUACGCCAAUUAUCUGAAACCUGAAUAAAUAAACUGGAAGUACACUAUUCAGUCUUUCAAGUUACAAAGAAUAAAAGCUCAAAAGAAAACCGAAACAAUUAUCUAGGCUCUGAUCAUCAUAACCCCAUAGAAUAGGUGAUUUAAUCAAAAAACAUCAUAAUUAAACUGGAAGUACACUAUUCAGUCUUUCAAGUUACAAAGAAUAAAAGCUCAAAAGAAAACCAAAACAAUUAUCUAGGCUCUGAUCAUCAUAACCCCAUAGAAUAGGUGAUUUAAUCAAAAAACAUCAUAAUGUGUUUAAAUAGUCAUUAAUCUCAUGUAUGGAAAAACUGUGAACAUUAGAUAAAGCUAAGUGUCCCAUAUAAGUGUUCCCCAAGCUAAGAAUAAUAACCAAACCACCUUUUGAAUUCAAAAACAUAAAGUUCACAAGUAAUCUUCAUACAGUACCGUAAGUGGACAAGGACUUUAUGUGACCAAAGAGAUGGACACUUUUAACUAAAGGAGAAAGUUUGUCGGUAAUUAUAUGGUAUUUAACCACUUAUCAAAGGUUCAGAUUCUAAAAUGGGGCCUAUAUUGAUUUGUAAUCUUGCUCACCUAGAGCAACAGAACUUGAUAAUCUGGCCUGAUGACAGCUUGGUUAACCAAAUGGAUAAACAGGACUACCAGGUUGAGGUAAAUUUUGACAAUUUUGCAUUUUCCUGUCUAGAACAGUUAUGAACAAGAAAGUGAGAAUUACAAUAAAAACUUUAUUUUCUCAAAGUGCCUUCUUUCAAUUAGUUGGGUAUAAGUUGAAUAAGUUGAAAUACCAAGCAAUGCCUUACUUUCAUUGAAAUAUAUAAUUUUCAACAGGAAACCAGGUGUAUUAGAUGAUUCAUCAUACAUAUUGUCACCCACAGUUAGUGGUCUUACUUUUUUUUUUUGCUUCAUAGUUAGGUGGUCUUACUUAAGGCUAUAUUUGGAUUGAUAGAAAAUUAAGAGGAAAACAGAAAGUGGAGGGAAAGAAACCCACUACAGCAAUAAAGACGAAGGACACACAUAUUGAUACCACACAUCAAUCUCAGUUAUCAAAUUCUUUAUCCUAUCAAAUUAGUUGGAUUCUUCAACUAUAAUCAGUUAAAAAGAAGUAAAAAAAAACGCAUACUAACAAGAAUAUACAGUAAACUAUAUUUGUUCUAACUUUUUUAACCUUCCCAAUUAGUUGGUCUUUGUGGUAAGCUUCUUCAGAUGAAAUAACACAAAAGUUGUCUUCAAUUAAAGACAAGCUGUAUAACUAACAUAACAAAACUUAAAGCUGACUUUUCUAGAUUCCAAGAUGAUGAUAAUCAUACAUGAAACCCUAAAAUUUAUCAUAUAGCUAACAUCAGGAGCCAGUUGAAACCAUCCAAGUUAAAUCCACCGGCACAAUCAGCAGCAAAUUAACCUUGAAAAACAUAGAUAAGCCUUUGAUGGACCCACUAGGUCUCCAUGUGAUUACCAUUUAGGAACACAGGAAUUCAGGAAUAUGAUCCAACAACAGUUAAACCCAGGAAAAAUUCAUGGAAUAACUAACAAGCAACAAAACCAAACCAAGAUCGCACACAAUAGUUAAUAACAUGAAAGGGAAAAUGCAGAGAUCACCU